AUGUUUGGCAAAACGUACUUCUUAAUCUUUUGCUUCCUGGUGCCGUCGAAGACUGUCUCUGCCAACGGCAAAUCUCAAAAUGCCAGCUUAAAAUCAGUUCUGGAUGACAAAACACCACAGUUAGCUGACCAAACGUUUAACAUCAACAACUGGGGCCUCGGGAAGAUUGAACUAAAGCUGCUGAAUGAUAUCAAAGCCAAAAUUGACUUUUUGUCUGAUAAAGGAUCAGUUUCAGUCACCAGACCUGCUUGUCCGGAAGGUUGGGUUCUUCGUGAAAAGUCAUGUUUCCUCAUCAUCAACGUCCCAACACUAACCUGGAGCGACGCUCGGAGAACUUGCCAGAAUCUGGGAGGAGACCUCGCCAUAAUCAGGACAGCUGAGGAAAAUAGCUUCAUCUUUGGCCUGGUGAAGAAGCAGAAGACAAUCACAGAGUGGGGCGUGUGGCUUGGCUUUACCAAAAAGUCGGACAAGAAGUACUACUGGAUUGACGACACCCCACUGGAGGGUCAUUAUUCUCCGUGGGGAAGUGGGGAACCGAACAAUGCUCUUAACAACGAGUACUGUAGCAACAUGUUUGGCAAGGGAAGUAGACCGGGAAAGUGGAAUGAUUUAUGGUGCUCCCUGAAAGAAGCCCAACUUAAGUACGCCCCAAGCAUUCUUUGCCAGAAAAAAAUCCAGCUGAACUAACGAUGGUGCUAUUUUCUUUAUUUUUACCGUAGAAAUAUACUAAGAUCAAACUUGGCUAGGAUAAAAGGCAUCAGUCCGCUUAUAGUACACUUGGUAUCGUAGAGUAAGUCAUUCGCUUGAUUCCCGAUCAUUUUGUCCCUUUUUAUUUCAGCUGCUGUGUAAAAGAGGCAAAAUAAGAAUAAAAAUACUAUACACUGAUGACUGCAACGAAUUGUCAAACUUGUGAGUUACAUUAAUAAAUUCCUGACCCGAAAUUCUUGAACAAAUUUGCAACGGAUUUGGAAGAUCGCGCAACUGUGUCGCUUUUUACAGAGAUUCAAACUUAGAUGUUGAUUAAUCGGAUCGAUAUUCUGGGUUUCGUAAGUGAAAAAAAAAGAGCAUACCAAGAUAAAUAUCACUGACUUUUGAUGCACAACAGCCAGGUAAGUAUGGGAAAGGAUAGCUCUUACGGCAAAUAUUGGUCUGUUUAGCUGUGAUUCGAAGAUCCCACAGAAAGUGGAGUAACGUUAAUGUAUCGACAAGUACCUAGAGAGAAACUGCGGCAAUGCGGCAAUGCGGCAAGCGUAAGCGUUUUAUUCAGUCAUGAACUUCGCUACUCCAGGUGGGUGUUCGAGCGAGUAAGUUUCCUACUCAAACAAUGAAAAAUUGUCUUUGAAAAACUCUUGUUCACUUCAGUUGGGUGAUAUUACAUUCAUGACUACCGUUUUAUUUAGCGAGAGUAUUUUACUGAUGUAUUCAACGAAUAAGGAACGCGUUCAGACAUUUGAGGGUGAAAUGAAUAUUAGGCCUUUAGUUGAGCCACGUCAGUCGGUUCCAGACUUUUAAGAUAAGCACAUCAUCAUCUCGUUUCCAUGGCAACCCAGGCCCCUCAAAUAUCACAAAACUGGGUUUGUUUCCGUUGGUGCCUUCCGAGAUUUCCACCAAGAUGCUAUUUGCUGCCAUUAAUUCGCAAAUGCUCUUCCCUUUUUUUACCUCCUUCGAUUGAAUCUUGAUUGCAUGAACAGACAACUUUCCUGGGGUACAAAUCCCCGAAAGUCAUUCCGUUGAAUUGUCUACAGUUGACACGCGACUUCUUUUCAGCAAAAAAAAAAAAAAAAAAAAAAAAAAAA